AUGCAGCUGGAACAGAAUGCAGCAGAAUUUCCCUUGCAACUCCAUCGCAGCAGACGGGACCUUGGCAUAACUGCUGCUGUAAUUGCUGCCAUUGCAACUUCGGCUGUUGCAGCCACUGCAGCUGGAUUGGCUAUUUCCCAGGGUGUGGGACAGGCUACUGCUAUUAAUGCCCUGUCAGAAAGAGUAGCUGGACGACGCAAAUUUCCCCUCUACUUGAUCGGGUAUGACCCAGUGGGAAAGGUACAAAGGGCGGCCAGUGUGGGGGACUUGGCUUCAAUAGAACGACUGAUCAACUGCUGUGGAUACCAUGUGAAUGGCCAGGACACAAGGCGCAGGAAGUCACUCCAUUACGACUGUGCACACAAUCAUCCAGAUGUGGUAACAUUGUUAUUAUCCAAAAAGGCCUCUAUUGAUGUCCAGGAUGAUGAAGGCUGCACACCCUUGAUUAAGGCCACACAGAGGGGCAAUGUAGAAUGCAUAACUAUAUUACUGAUUCAGGGUGCUAAUCCUCACCUGAGGGAUUUAAGUGGGAAUACAGCCCUGCACCAUGCCGUUUCCAGGGACAACACAACAAUUGCCAGCAUUCAGUGUCAUCCCUAA